GGCGAUGGGUUUCUAGUCUGCACUAGUCUAAUGCAUGCAGAGUGUAUCCUGAAGACGCGUAUUCGACCAAUGUACACGGAGCCAAUUGAGCGCAUUGGCAACAAUUGACAUUGGCAUGGGAUGUGAUGGAUUUUUCUUUUCGUUCUCAUGGCCGCGGCUUCCAACCUUCACUAGAGAGCGUUGGCCUACAGCGAUCGGGGCCAGAGUCCCUGAGUCUGACGAACGAUCUUCCGCUUCCCCGGCGGCAAAAGUCCUUUAUAACACCCCACUAACCGACGCCGGCACUUUGUCCCUCACUCGAACCAUGACUCAAACGAAAUCAAUAGUCGUCAUCGGCGCUGGUGUGGUCGGAUUGACAACAGCAUUGCGCAUCCAGGAGCAAGGAGGAUAUAGUGUCACUAUCCUGGCUGAAAUAUUCCCCAGUGAUACCAAGAACAUCAAAUACACUAGCCACUGGGCCGGUGCUCAUCAUGUCAGUCUUGCGGGUCCCGAUCUUCGACAACGCAAAAUGGAUCAAGACACGUUCAAAGUGAUGUGGGAGCUCUCCGCUCCAGGAGGGCCUGCGGAGGGCUGUUUCCUGAGGAUAAGAGAGCAAGAAUACUUCUCGGAGCCUAUCGCUCACCCUGAGGUCCUGUCGGUGAUGCCGGAGUUCACCAUGAUUGCACCCGAGGAACUUCCGCCGAACUGCGCCCAAGGAAUAUCGUUCAACACGCUUACAAUCGACAGCCCAGUCUACCUCAACUAUCUCUUAUCACGAUUCCUCGCUGCCGGCGGGGCAAUUGUGCGCGGAACGGUGCAGCACAUCGCGGAGGUCAUCGAAGGGGGCGGAGGGAUCUUCAGCGCACGCAAGAUCGUUUCCGCACCUGACGCCGUGGUGGUCUGUGCUGGUCUCGGCGCGCGUGCGAUGGGUGGUGUCGAGGACAAAGACGUUUAUCCGAUCCGCGGCCAAACUGUGCUGCUGCGCGCGCCAUGGAUCACAUUUGGUCGCGCAAUCAGCAGCAAGAACGGAUUGUGGACGUAUAUUAUUCCACGCCGCAGCGGUGACAUCAUCGUCGGAGGAAUCAAAGUGGAAAACGACUGGUAUCCAAUCCCUCGACCUGAAACAACCCAAAACAUUCUCGAACGCGCCUUCGCUCUCUGCCCCGAACUGGCGCCUCCAGAAAUCAGAGCUGAACGAGAACCAGUCUUGGACGACCUCAAGCCGAUCAUCAUUGAAGAAGGAUGUGGUCUCCGGCCCGCUCGAAAGGGCGGCAUCCGACUCGAGACGGACUGGGUCGAAACUGCGGGCCGAGGAAAGGUGCCGGUUGUCUUCAAUUACGGCCACGGCGGAUAUGGAUACCAGAGUUCGUGGGGAUCCGCGGAUUUGGCCUUGGCCUUGCUAAAGAAGGCACUCGCCGAAGGAAAAUAGAAAUCGUAGCGUUUGACGUGGCCUAGAUCUGUAGAAAUCGCACGAGACUUUCACUCCA